AUGUCUCUAGAUCUAUUCUCCUUCCUGGCCCGUCUACGUAAGACGAACAACCCGCCAGUGGUCGAGAAGGGCGCAAAUCCGCUAAGAUUCGGGUUGCUGGGUGCUGCCAAAAUUGCGCCAGAUGCCAUUGUGAAGCCCAUACAAUGCCACGAAGAUGCAGUGCUGGUUGCGGUCGCUGCGCGAGAUCAGCGACGAGUUGAGGCGUUCGGGAGAAAGUGGGGCAUUCCGAAGACAUACGAUGGUUCUAACGCAUACCAAGACCUGCUUGACAAUACGGAGAUUGACGCGGUCUACGUUGCUCUGCCCAAUGCUCUUCACUAUGAAUGGACAAUGAAGGCUCUUACGGCGGGCAAACAUGUUCUUUGCGAGAAGCCAAUCGCCAACAAUGAAGAAGAGGCACACAAGAUGUUCGCUCUCGCUCAGGAGAAGAACUUGCUCCUCAUUGAGACAUGGCAGCCUCAUUUCCAUCCUGCCGUCUAUCGAACGAAGGAAAUUAUCGAAGAGGGCGCCCUUGGCAAGAUUGUGAAAAUGGAGGGACAUCUGUGUGUUUGGAGCUCUACCUUUGGCAAGGAUGACAUCAGAUUCAAAUACGGACUCGGCGGCGGCGCGCUGAUGGAUCUCGGGCCAUACCCAAUCAACCUCUUGCGCUAUCUCUCUUCGUCCGAACCAACAGUGGAGUCGGCUACGACCAUCUGCCGCUCCAAGAACAUUGACAAGCGCGUUAAAGCGCACCUGACCUUCGCGGAAUCCAUACCCGCGGUUGUUAUCGUUGACUCCGGAAUGGAUGGCUGGGGCCCGCUGCAGCUGCUCCCACCGUGGCCGAAGGUGCACGGACGCGUGGAGUGCGAGAAUGGUACAGUGGAGAUAUUCAACUAUCCGCUACCGAGCUUGUAUCACUCCAUCACGGUCACAUUGACAGGAGGGAAGGCGGGGACUGAGCGUGUUUGGAAGCCACAGGAUGGAAGGGGAGAGGGUUGGUGGUCUGCGUACCGCUAUCAACUGGAGGCCUUCAUCGACAAGGUGCGCGGUCGCGAACCGCAGGCCUGGCGGACGGCAGAAGACUCUAUCAAUUCGAUGCGUAUUAUUGACGCGAUAUAUACUAAGAGCGGUCUUCCUCUCCGUCAGACGUCGCAGUUUGAGCUUUGA